AUGGGACAGAAAUACUCUGUAGUUUUUGAUAUCAGUAAGAACAAGCCAUUUGGCAAUGACAUAAGUUCCUAUAAGGAUAUCAAGGGUAACUCUGUAAGUCUCCUUAGGAAGGACCACCCUUCCUCUCGUGCUGGUACCAAAUUCCCUGGAUUUAAGAUCUACAUGCACAUGCUCCCAGAAGUAGGAGCGACUUACAGUUACUACCUUGAGUCAGUCUACUAUGACAAUAGUCUGCAAGAGGGCUUGGAUAAGGCUACCGUGGGUAUGACCAAGUACGUCGAAGUCUACUUCUGGGAAGCCGACUAUGACAACAUCUGUCCCCUAUUCCUUGAACUGGGUGACAUUUACCUCCACCGCAAGGCUCUAAACAUAUCCUCUGGCAUACGCAGUAAUAAGUGGACAAAUGUCCAACCAGUGUCUUAUGAAUCCUUAAGAGUGCUCUUCGAAAAUGCUGUGGUCAUUAGCCUACAAAAGACUGAAGGAAAGAAGUACACUCCACACCCCUCCAAAGAUGACUUCAAGGUUGACAAGGAGCCUUCAGAGACCAAGUUUCACACAAUGACUGUUAAUAGAGAUAAAGACAAACCCUGUCAGGGUUAUGUCGCCUUCACUCAGAAGCUGGAUAAUGGGAAACCCAUGAACGUUCUCUCAACUUGGAACUCUUACAAGAAAAACAUGAUACGUUUCAAGGAGUCCAUCGUACAGAAUGAAUACAAGAGUGCCAAGAUAUACUACGGCUCUGGAGAUACUCAGCACAAUCACCCUCUCAUCCUGGAACUUGAACUGGUGAAAGAUGAAAAGGGCGCCUUAGAAUUCUAUGCUAUAAACAAGGACGGCAGAUGGGAAAUUAAUUCAGAGAUACAGACGGACAAUCUAGAUGAGAAACUGGAUGAACAAAACUGCAAGUACAAUAACCUCUUUGCAGUGGAUUUAUCCAAGACUGCUGAAAACCUCUCCAAGGAUAAUGGAAGUUACUCAUGUGGACCAGACUGCAAGAAGCAUAGGAUCACUGUAUCAGAAUACUCCACUGGAAAUAGUGAUGGGUACAGGAACAUACAACAUGUUCCCGAUAGAGAGUAUGGUGACGUACUCGGCAGAAUCAAGAAUGGAAAGUCUUCCCUUACACUGGAAGGACAGGAGUUUCCGAUAGAAAGAGUCUCUCAAGUGCUAGUCUACUACCCACUAUGUUCUCCAAAAGAGCCUGUUCUCCUCCGCAUCUACCAUGGAAAUGCGGAAGGUGAGUGGUUUAAGAGAGACUCCAUUAGUAACAACAAAUGGAAAAGAGCAACUGAAGAAGACCUAAAGAAAGGUCACACUGAGAAAAGUGCCAUUAAGAAGGUACUAGAUAAUCUAGUAAAGGAGUUGAAUAUACCAGAAUGUGAAAUUAAGAAAGACCUGUAG